GCUAAAGCAGUUAACAGGUCAUGGCACGUUUAACAAAAAGACGACAGGCGGAUACAAAAGCUAUCCAGCAUCUUUGGGCAGCCAUUGAGAUUAUACGGAACCAGAAGCAAAUUGCCAACAUUGACCGUAUUACAAAGGUCAAAACCCAGUUAGAAAAUGUGACCUCUGACCUCUUGUGACAUGUUUGGCAUUGAGAUUUCUGAGUUCUCCUGGAGUUCUUCCUGUCGCUACAGACAGACAUAAGCCCAAACUGUACAUGUCUCGAGUCCACGGUAUGCAUCCAAAAGAGACCACCCGUCAGCUGAGCUUGGCUGUGAAAGAUGGUCUUAUUGUCGAAACUCUCACUGUGGGCUGCAAAGGUUCAAAAGCUGGUAUUGAACAAGAAGGAUAUUGGUUGCCAGGAGAUGAAAUUAUGAAAUCUUAUAUGUAAAUCAACCAACCAGUUUACAGAUUUUAUUAAUUCAUGUUGGUUCUUAUUCACAUUUUUAUACUGAGUAUGCAUGUAUGAUGCCUACAGUAUGCAGCCUUUCUCCAGGACAGCAACCCCAAACAAGGACUGGGAAACAGAAAAUCAUGACUGGUAUUGUUUUGAAUGCCAUUUGCCUGGAGAGGUGUUGAUAUGUGACCUGUGUUUUCGUGUGUAUCAUUCCAAGUGUUUGUCUGAUGAGUACAGGCUUAGAGACAGCAGUAGUCACUGGCAGUGCCCAGUUUGCAGGAGCAUCAAGAAGAAAAAUACAAACAAACAAGAGAUGAGCACAUACCUGAGGUUCAUAGUCUCCCGCAUGAAGGAGAGGGCUAUAGACCUUAAUAAAAAGGGAAAGGACAGCAAACACCCGAUGUACCGGAGGCUGGUGCAUUCAGCGGUUGACGUCCCCACCAUACAAGAGAAAGUGAAUGAAGGGAAAUACCGAAGUUAUGAAGAGUUCAAAGCUGAUGCUCAGCUACUUCUCCACAAUACAGUGAUUUUCUAUGGAGCAGACAGUGAGCAAGCUGACAUUGCAAGAAUGCUGUAUAAAGAUACCUGUCAUGAGCUGGAUGAGUUACAGCUUUGCAAGAACUGCUUCUAUUUGUCAAAUGCUCGUCCUGACAAUUGGUUCUGCUAUCCUUGCAUACCUAAUCAUGAACUGGUUUGGGCUAAGAUGAAAGGUUUUGGAUUCUGGCCAGCCAAGGUCAUGCAGAAGGAGGACAAUCAGGUUGACGUCCGCUUCUUUGGUCACCACCAUCAAAGGGCUUGGAUUCCUUCUGAAAACAUACAGGACAUCACAGUCAAUGUCCAUCGGCUGCAUGUUAAACGCAGUAUGGGUUGGAAAAAGGCUUGUGAUGAGCUGGAACUGCAUCAACGUUUCCUUCGUGAAGGAAGAUUUUGGAAGUCUAAGAAUGAGGACCGUGGGGAGGAGGAGGCAGAAUCCAGUAUCUCCUCUACCAGCAAUGAGCAACUAAAGGUCACUCAGGAACCAAGAGCAAAGAAAGGGCGACGUAAUCAAAGUGUGGAACCCAAAAAAGAAGAACCAGAGCCUGAAACUGAAGCAGUCAGUUCCAGCCAGGAAAUCCCCACAUUGCCUCAGCCAAUCGAAAAAGUUUCAGUGUCAACUCAGACCAAGAAGUUAAGUGCCUCUUCACCAAGAAUGCUGCAUAGAAGCACCCAGACCACCAGUGAUGGAGUGUGUCAAAGCAUGUGCCACGACAAAUACACCAAAAUUUUCAAUGACUUUAAAGACCGAAUGAAGUCUGAUCACAAGCGAGAAACUGAAAGAGUUGUACGAGAAGCUCUAGAAAAGCUGCGUUCUGAAAUGGAAGAAGAAAAAAGACAAGCUGUAAAUAAGGCUGUCGCCAAUAUGCAGGGUGAGAUGGACAGAAAAUGUAAACAAGUAAAGGAAAAGUGUAAAGAAGAGUUUGUAGAGGAAAUCAAGAAGCUAGCAACACAGCACAAACAACUAAUUUCUCAGACCAAGAAGAAGCAGUGGAAACUUCUGAGCAUACACAUUCUCCACAGAUCUCAGUGCUACAACUGUGAGGAGGAGGCCAUGUACCACUGCUGCUGGAACACAUCCUACUGCUCCAUCAAGUGCCAGCAGGAGCACUGGCACGCCGAGCACAAGCGCACCUGCCGCCGGAAAAGAUGAAGACGGUUCUUGCUGGAGAGUCACCGAUGAUUGCUCUUCUCAGACACAACGGUUUUUGUUUCCAAGAAGCCAAAAUUGUUUAGAAUUUGCUUCCCAUUUUGCACCAGCCUUUAAACACUUUUCGUGAAGAGAUUUUGCACAGUAGUUUAAAUCUUUUGUUAAUGUCCCUCUGGAAUUUUUCGGGGGUAAAAGUAACAUCAGUGGAGGGUAUUAUUUUAAAUAAAAUUUAAUUGAGAAUUUGUUGCAUUUACAGCAAAUUUUAAAACAUUUUUAGGUUUUACAGAGAUUUUAACCUUUAAACAACAGAUCUUUAAAAAAACAACUGGUGAACACAAGUGAGUUUAACAAAUAAACAUUUAAAAUAGAUCUGAAUGUAAGAACUAAGGACUGUUUCAGAAAUAAAACAUACUACCUGAUGUGAAAUUUAUUUCUUAACCUUGUUGAGCUGGUUUUGUUCAGCUUAAUUUACUGUUUAAAGGCAUUAUCUAUUGGUUAUGCCAGUGGGUAUAUGAUUGAAUUUAGGGAACAGGGUUGACACAGCAGGUGCUAGUCCUGCAUAUUUUUUCUUAAAUAUUUCCCAAUUGUGUUUUUCAUUUUCUUUUCAAUAUAUAACUUUUAUAACAAAUUAUUAGCUUUGAUCUUGUAGUUUAAAAUUGCAGGGAACUGGGUAAUCUUUUACUGAGCUGGAUCUUAGAGAAAAUGAAUAUUUAAAUUUUAAAGUUUGCACAUUUCAUCUUUAUUCUAACAUGAGUGCUUGUAACAAAAUAAACAACAAAAAUAAAAUAAGCCAAAAACUACCUUAAUCCAUACAUGAAAUUAUAGAUGGGGCAUACAAAUUUAUUGACUGCUUCCCUUCCCUCCCCAAAUAUCGAUUGCCUAUUAUCUGGUGUCACCUCAUAUAUUAUAAGUUAAUGCUAAAAGGAAAGAAAGCACUUAAGUUUCACAGAAGCCGUUAUGUUUGUGGUAAUGGGUCAUUGCCUACUAAUGAACCCCAUCACUGUACACAGAAUGAAGAAUAAUGCAUGUUAAUUUUCUUGUAUUAAAGAUGCCGUGGUUUGUAAAAAGUCUGUAUUUUGCGGAAUGUCUGGAUGAAGAAGCAUUACCAAUAGGAAUGGAUCGAUAGUUGAAUAAUGAUUUUUUUUAUACAUAGAUAUAUAAAAUACAGCCAGAAAAACUGAAAUUACUUUUUUUUUAAAGAAAAAUCUCACAAUUUAUGUUUUUUUCAAAGACUGAUCUUAGACCAAGUCCAAUUCCCAUUUAUCAUUUAGUUAUUUUUUAAGGUUAGAGAAAUAAUUUGUAAAUAUUUAUUUAGACCUUUGAUAUUUAUUAAAGCAAUUACACACAAUGGAAGUGAAAGAAUCAGGAGAAAAACCUUUUAAAAAGUUUUCUCUAGGUUUGUCAGGGUCACUCUAAAGUUAAAAAUGUAACCAAGUCUUCUGUGAAAUAAUGAUUCACCCAGUCCUGGUGCUGUUGCAGAUGGCGGUGACACAAGUUAAUUGACAAGCUCCUGCCCAGUGGUGCCCAAUGGCUCAUAGGAACUGCCUGGCGCCGUUUCAACACCACCCUGAACUACGCAGUGGCUUGCAUCUGGUCCUUCCUUGUUGCUGUGUGAUUAGUCAGUGUUGCCACGUGCCGUGGUCUGGUUGAAACAUCGUAACCAAGAACACUUACCUUCUCUUGAUCAUUUUUCAAGUUUUAAAACUUCGAUCCACCCCUAUGAGAGCAAGUUAUUGUGGAAAUACUUUCAAUGUAAAACCAUUCCAGAGUGUGUACUAUUUACUGAUAGCUGCAUGAACGUAAGAUUCGUGUUACUUUGGCUUUUUUGUCUCCGUUGAUACGGUUGCACAUUUCCAAGUUACUACAGUGUGAAAACUGUGUGUUAAAAAAAAAAAUUUAAAAAAGAUUGUGGCCUGGUUUUGUAAAAGUUUUAGGUAAAAUUACAAUUGAUUGUUUUAGGAAUCAUUAAAAUAUUUCUGCAAAUCAUAAAGCUAUAUCAAGAUGUUGAGCUUAGCCACUAUGCACAUUGUAAUUAUUCAUUGUGGCUGUCCAGUUCUAUGAUGCAUUCUGGCAUUUUGUAAGCUGCUCUGACUAGCAAUAUAUAGAUUCAUUUAAUGUGUUAACAUUGGUUAAUAAAUGUAUUUAAAAAAACUGGCUUUAA